AUGGACAUGGACAUGGCCAUGACCGUGGCCGUGGCCGUGGCCGUCAUCUCUCAGUACACGGUCGAUCGACUGCCAUCACCACGCACCUGUGGCUCACUGGCCGAGCUGGAGGCCGAAUUGGAAAUUUGCUCGAGUACCGGUAGGUAUCUCAGCUACAACGGUACGUACCACGGCCUCCCUCGUGGCUCGACCACCGCCCCACGAGCCAACGGGGAUAAGUACGAGCUGAAGGCUCCGCUCCUCACGUCCACACUCACGGCCCCCAGGACGACCCAAGUCUCAAGGUGGAGUACUCUGGGUGCUAACUCUCAAGGGAGCAACAACUUGUACAACGAUCAGCGGUCCUCAAAUCACAUCCCGCUGCACAGCUCCACAACGUCGGAUUCUGUCAUCAUCAUCAUCAUCACCAUCCACAUCAUCAUCGUUGUCGUUGUCGCCGUCUUCGUCACCACGACGUGCCGGCGGGGGAAGGCCGACCAUCGUACUAGCAGCCCGUCGAGACACCCAGUCGCUGUGGCGGUCCGCAUACGUAUGAUAUCGCAGACUCUCCCGAGGUACUCUACAUGUCAUACAUGCUCUACUCAGUAUACCCAAAUUCGCGCAUAA